AUGUUGAAGAGUAGCUUACGCAGAUGGUCAAUCAACAACUCAAUUGCGACGAAGACUAAUUUAAGAAAUGGACCGAGACAAUUGGUUUUAAGUCAUAGCUACUCACAGCAAGUGCAAAAUAGUCGAAAGAAAGAGACAAAUAUCCAGGAAGACCAUGGUAAUGCACCAAAAAAUGGGAAAAAGUUCGCAUUAGCCUACUCGAAGUACGAAUCAAAAGACUAUAAAUUGCCUAAAUGGAAGGAAUCAUUGGGGGAAUUUGUUAUUAGCGCAUUUAAAUUAGAUAUGGACAAGAUCAGAGCAGGCCCGGUAGCGGGUUCUUAUUAUUACUCUAUUUGCAAGGAGCAGGGCCUUCAAUAUGAAAAUGAACCUUUGUCAGAAUCGGCUAAAUAUUUUUAUAGUUACUUAAAGCUUCCAAAAACGUUCUCACAGUGGUUCCAGAUCACCAUAUUGCACGAAUGGAUGCUUUUUGUGAGGAUGAGAGCAAUGCCUUUCAAAUAUGGAAGAAAUUACCAGCAAAAACUUGUUGAUAGGACCUUUGGUGAUAUUGAAUUAAGAUUAUUUGAAGAAAUGAAUGUACAUUCUGGGAGAAUUGUUGAUCAGUAUCUCAAAGAUUUUAAUACACAACUGAAAGGUGCAGUCUUUGCUUAUGAUGAGGGGUUCUAUACAGAUGAUAUGACACUAGCAACAGCUGUUUGGCGAAAUUUAUUCGCAGGAAGGAAGAACAUAAAUUUCUCUCACUUAGAAGCAGUCGUCAGAUACAUUCGUUCCCAACUAUACGUUCUUACUAAAAUGUCUGACAGAGAGUUUGCUCUUGGUAAUUUUAAGUUUGUACCUCCCAAUGAAAUCGUGAAUAAAUUGACGCCUGUUGAAGAGAAGAAUAUGAAACAGGAGGUCUCCAUGAAAUAUAAAAAGCUUGAUGAAAGUAACUUAAUUUUACCAAGCGAAAGGAGUAGCCUUUCUUAUACAAAUUAA